AUGUCAACUCCUCGCAAGACUGACCGAGUCUCUCUCGCGCGUCAUCAUCAUCCGCAAUCUCCUUUUGGUCGCGCCGAAGAUCCAAGCCACGAAUUCCAAUUCGAGACCAACCUCACCCUCUCCCCCCCCACCAAACAAAAUGGGACGCGUCCUCGACACAACUAUCGCACUGGAACUCUAGCGGGGGCAUAUCGAGCGGUCUCACGAACAACCAUGUCGGAAGAAGGCGUUCAUCUGGGUUCAACCCCCAGUCCGCGACAACCGUGGAAUCGCAUCGAUAAGCUGUCACCAACCUCUGACAUUUCGAACCCACCCGAGGAACUCGUCGAUGCCUAUAAGAGAAUUGAGGAAGAUGGAACAUUGGCCGAUUAUGUGCAGUGGGACGAUCCGGAGGUUUCAUCCAGAAAGAAUUCCCCAGGUCGUCUCAGUCGCUCAUCGUCCAAACAACGUGGACGAGAAUACGAUGGCGGAUCCCGCGACGGGCGAGCUUUUUCCGAAGGAGGACUAUUCGAUGGAAUUGGACACAACUCACCUCGGCCUACAACCGAUUACUCGCGAGAUGAGCAGCGUCUCAGACGAGUCACGGGCAAAGAUUCCCCGGUUUUCAGCAAGGCCAAGACCACUAGUCACUCGGCUUUGACAGCGGACAACCUACAGCGACGUGAGAAGGAAGAACGGCCUUGGGAACAAGACAAUAAUCGCUAUCACCAAGAGCAGCAGCCAACAUCGGAUUAUGAAGGUGACCGUGGUCCAUCACUUAACCUACCACGUACCUGGGGCAGCCGCGCCGCACGCCGGCAGGAUUGGCUACGUAAUGUCAGUGGAAGCUCUGGCUCGGAACCGCCAGAGCAGGGGAACCGUGACAUUUCCAGCGAAGCUCCAGCGCCCAAGACGAACACAAAUGAGAACCAAAGUUCCAGACCUGUCCGUUCAUCUUCUCACAUAGACCGGGUUAGCGCUUCUAACCGGGGCGCCCUCGAAGAACGUGUCGCCAACCUUCGUACGCAAAAUGCGCAGGAGACGAAAGAUCAAGCGGGACUUGGGUUGGAUCAACAUUCUCUUCAAACUGAUGGUGCCGCUAUUCCUAAUACACCGAUUGUGGUCUACAAGAACUCGAACAUGACUAGACCAAACACAACAAAACGAGAUUCACAAGAACUUCUCCGCAGACUAUCGAGGACCGAAAGUCCGAAGAUGGACCAGAUUCAGACCCCAGACCCGCCAAAGCUAUUUGAAAGAAAAAUCUACGAUAAGACGCCCAGGGUGACCGGUGCAUGGAUUGAUACACCGAUGACUGAACGAGCUGUCGACAUCCCGAGUGACUUGACUAAAGAUAUAGUGGCCCCUCCAGCACCCCCCAAUGUCAAGGAGGAAUCCGCUCCAGUCUUGAAGCCAGCAGCGGAUGUUAAACCUGCGGCCGAGCAGAAAGAUUCUAAAUUGGCUAAAGACAAAAAGGCUUCUCCCGAGCCAAUCAUUGCCGAGCAAUCGAAGCCUAGGCCUCCUCUCGCUCGACCCAAGUUGCCAAAAAGCGCCCUUGAAACUGUCAUUGAGGAUGCCAGCUCUGGUAAAGAAGCUUUCAAUAUGGGUGACGAUACCAUCGAAUCUCUCCAGGCGAUUUUGGAUGAUCCGACUGAUCUGAAGAUCGAGGAAGACGAGGAUGCCGCUUAUAAACAUGUGCUCGAUCGACUCGGGCUAUUGCGUCGAAAUAGCGAAGGCCUUGAUGAUUACGACCGAAUAGAUACCAAGUUGCAAUCGUUAGCACAUCACAUCACCGAGGUGAAGAAGGGUCUGGACCGCCUGCAGGGACAUGUCGCCAACGGAUUUGAAGAUUUGGAUGCUAAGAGUGACACCACCAAGACACCGCCUCCUACUUCAACACCGACUUUGAGCGAGUCCUGCAAAACCUGCAGUACGCCUUCGGAUACCCGUGUCUAUGCUGCUAUCCCUCUCCCUCGAUUAUGGGAACGAAACCUCACAUCCCGACGUCUGCAACUUACCAAGCUCGGCUGGACCACGCUUAUCUUCACGAUGUGGUAUAUCAUCGAAUGCACAAUGACAGAGAUGUACUCUCAUCCCAUCAUCUCCGAUACUUGCACGGGCUACUGCCUCCGCCCUGACGCACCUGUCUUUCCCUUUGUGACCGUGACGAUGUUGUGGCGCUGGUCUCACUUGUCGACUGUCUUAGCACCAAUUAUUACUCUCGGCGUAGCUCUCUUCCGCCUUGUGGCGCAGUUGCUGGGAUUAUGGGAUGGCUAUGUGGACGAGCCAGCCAGUUUGGCAAAUCUUGUUGGCGAGAUUCGUAUCAACGGAACUCCAGUCGCGUUCCCUUGGUUAACACCGCCGUCUAAAACGCAGGGAUUCUCGCCAUCCUUUGUUUUACCUCCUCCUCCACCACCACCUCCGCGACCCGAGUGGACUCCGCGUCACGACACUCCGACUCAGGCAGGGGAGCAGGCCUCUAUGGAUGAUGAUGAAUAUCUUUGA